AAUUGCUGCCCUGUGGACUCUGGGGUGUCCGCUUGCGGAGAAGAAACUGCUCCACACAUCUCUCCUUCUCUCCCUUCCACGUCUCCCUCUCUCCCUCUCUCGGGCUUCUUCCCAAGCAGAUGCUUCAUAAAGCUAUCAGUGGCCAACCACUACCCGGCUGACUCUUGACGGACGAUACCCACUUCAGGAAAUGGCAAGUCUCUUGCCAAGCCAUCAUUGUAAUUGGUCUCAGAGGAUCCCAGAGUUCUCUUUCAAAGGAAAAUGCAAGAAAGUUUCGCAUUUAGGGUAUUCUGGCACAUAUUUUUCCCCAGACGGAAGCAUGUUUUUCCUUGCUCAACAGCCUUCAGUAGAACCCAGUCCAUACUUGAGAAGACAUGGGCCAGUCUAUUCAAGUUCAGUGGGUGAUGGGAUGGACUCAGAGAACUCUGAAGAUGAGCCUAACGGUGAAAGUUCUACCAAUGAUGACCAGGGAGAGGUAAGUGACGAAUCACUCAGAGAGAAGCUUGAAAGGAUUGUUGGCAUGGAUGAUUCUACCUUUAGCGGCAUAGAUCUUGCCACACUUAUUAGAAACAAAUAUGGGAGGUCAUAUGACAUUCAGCUUAUAAAGAAGCCCUUCAGUUAUCAUUAUAAAUGCUAUAUAUUACAGGAAUUUAUGGGAAGAAAUCUUCUGGCGCUCAAUGUCAUGUGGAAGUACCUUGAGCAGAGAUCCUUUCCACUAACUGAAGAGGAGUAUAUACUGAGGCUCGAUGAUGUGGCGAACACAUUAAAAUGCUGGGGAGCUGUCUCUCACAUUAGAAACAGCCUAGCAAAGUCAAAAGAUCGUCCGAGAAUAGGAAAGGCGGUUAGCAUUUUCAUAGAUAUGGACGAGUCUGGUGGCCGUGCCAAUGAAUGGAUAUACAAGUAGAUUGUGAUGGAGUAGUGCAAUCGGUCAAAGAGAAGA